AUGAAAAUUGUCGAUCAGGUGUUGUCUACCACACCCAUGAAAGGAAGAAAAGCCCCACCAAGUCAUUACACAUUCAAAAUGCAGUCCUUCUCACUGCUUUCAAAGGCGUCCAUUGAAAAAUGUGUCUCAGAAGAGUUUGAAGCAGGAGGUUAUAAAUGGAGUUUAUCUAUUUACCCAACUGGAAACACAAACGGAAAUGGACAAGGUCAUGUUUCUAUUUAUUUGAUGCUUAUCAACACAACUUCGUUACCUAAUGAUUGGGAAGUCAAUGCCAUUAUAAAUUUUUCUGCAUACAAUUUUAAGGACGAUGAGUACGUUACAACACAAGAUGCAACUGUUAUGCGUUUUCAUGUCAUGAAAACAGAAUGGGGUAUCUCAAAAUUCAUCAACCUUGAAACAUUUCUUGACCCUGCAAACGGAUAUCUGAAUGACGAUAAUUGUGUUUUCGGAGCUGAAGUUUUCGUAGUCAAGACUAUAAAUAAAGGCGAUUGCUUAUCAAUGAUACAAGAAUCUACCACAGUUUCACAUAGCUGGAAAUUUAGCAAAUUUUCACUUGCAAAUUUAGACGUGUACAAGUCUGAAUCGUUUGUAGGUGGAGACUAUAAAUGGCAGCUUGAGUUACACCCUAAUGGAUUAAUUGAGGCAAAGGACCAAAUCAGUGGCCAACAUGCUCAACGAAAAUUUAAUUGCAAAUUCUCCAGUUCAAAUUUAGGGUGGGGGGUUAGAAAAUUCUUGAGUUUGACUAAAGUAAAAAAUCCGAAAAAUGGAUUUUUGGUGGAAGAUAGUUGUAUAUUUGAAGUUGAGUUUAUAGUUGUUGGAUUACUUACACCUAGAAUUUGA